AUGAAAGUGGAUUAUCAUUGGGAUCUUGUUCACAGAUAUUCAUCUCUCAAUCGACUGCUUCGGAUUACAACUCUGUGUCAAGGAUUUGUCCUACGAUUAAAAGGGCAAUAUGAUCGCUCACGGGCUACAUGCAUCUCAGUCAAUGACAUCGAGAAAGCCAAGAUCUUCUGGAUAAAGGCCACUCAAUCAGCAUUUUUUGCUCACGAGCUCAAGGUUCUCAGCUCACAAUCACACCUGCCAACCUCUCAUCCUUUCAGUCGUCUCACAGCAUUUAUCGAUCAUCAAGGAAUUGCUCGUGUAGGAGGACGGCUCAGCAACUCAACACUCACGUAUGAAGGCAAACAUCCAGCAAUUCUUCCUCGCCACUCAAGAUUGUCUGAGCUUAUCAUUGACUACUCUCACAAACAGACAUUACACGGCAGCACGCAACUCACAUUAGCUCAUAUCAGGCAAUCUUAUUGGAUCAUCGAUGGACGAGCUCCAGUGAAAUCUCAUGUCUUGCGGUGUGUUGUGUGUGCUCGACAAAGGAGGGUCCGUGCACAUCAACUGAUGGGCCAAUUAUCUCUGCCUCGAGUCACACCCUCACAUGCAUUCACUCAUACUGGGAUUGAUUAUGCCGGACCACUCACACUCAAACCAUGGAAGGGAAGAGGAGCGAAGACUCAUAAAGGAUGGAUUUGUGUGUUUGUCUGCCUCACAACAUCUGCAGUUCAUUUGGAAGUUGUUUCAGACUACUCAACGGAUGGAUUUCUUUCAACAUACAAGAGAUUUGUGUCAAGGAGAGGCAUCCCACACUCACUCUACUCCGACUGCGGGACGAACUUUGUUGGAGCUGAUAAAUCGCUCAAAACAUUGUUCACACAGAGCUCUCAAGAGAAUCAACACAUCUCAGCUCUGCUCGCUCAAGAUCGCACUCAGUGGAAUUUUAAUCCACUGUCUGCCCCGCACAUGGGUGGCAAAUGGGAGGCAGUGGUGAAAUCACUCAAAUACCACCUGCGUCGUACCAUCGGAGAAACCUUGCUCACUUUUAAGGAAACGACAACCCAGAUCGAGGCGAUCCUGAACUCACGACCUCUAGAACCACUCAGCGACGAUCCAGAUGACAUCUCAGCACUCACCCCAGGAUAUUUCCUCAUCGGAAGUGCGCUUACAACGGUACCUGAGUCAUCUCUGGAAGACAUAGCCAUCUCAAGACUAUCACGAUGGCAAUUCUGGUCGCAAUGGUCAUCACAGUAUCUGCAACGACUGCAAGCUGUCUCAAAGUGGCAUCAUCCAUCAAAAACCAUACAAAUGGGCUCAUUGGUGCUCAUCACAGAUGAAAGGUUUCCUCCAUGCAAGUGGCCAUUGGCUAGAGUCGUUGCUGCAAUGCCAGGAGAGGAUGGACUCACCCGAGUGGUGACACUUAAGACACCCAAGGCAACUGUCACCAAACCUAUCACCAAACUCACACCUUUGACAACUCUCACCAGACCAAUUGCCAAGCUCGUACCUCUGCCUGUUGCUCACCAGGACCAAGCUCAACGACUAUAG